UUUAGUUUCUGUAAACCCAUGGCUGUGAUCAGUAUUGAUCAUUGGCUCUGAAUGAGAGGAUUAACAGGAACUCACACAAGGGCUUGGACGCUUACCGGUGCACAUUUGGAACUUGGUACAGCUGCAUAAUGGGUUACAAAGCAACAUCGAUGCAUUGUGUCUUAAGAUGCCUGUGCUUCAUGCUUCUCCAUGUGUUUAGUGCAGCUCAAGAUGAAGACAUAAGAAGUUGUAGGACAGCACCAUGCGAUUUGGUCUUUAUUCUCGACGGCUCGUGGAGUGUUCAAGAUGUCAAUUUUGAAAUCGUAAAGCGCUGGCUUGUCAACAUAACAACAAGCUUCAACAUUGGACAGAAGUUUACCCAGGUUGGAGUCGUCCAAUACAGCGAUGACCCCGUUCUAGAAAUACCACUGGGGAAGCAUUUCUCCACCAAAGACCUCAUCAAAGCGAUGGAGUCCAUUGAGUACAUGGGGGGAAACACAAGGACAGGGACCGCCAUUAAGUUUGCAACAGACAAACUGUUUGGCCUGUCCGAACGUGGCCCGUUAGGCAUUUCCAGAAUUGCUGUUGUCCUCACAGAUGGGAAGUCUCAAGAUGAGGUUUUGAAAGCCGCAGAGGUAGCAAGAAAAAAAGGAGUAAUCCUGUUUGCAAUCGGUGUCGGGCCAGAGACAGAAGUGUCCCAGUUGCAAGACAUUGCGACCAAGCCAUAUUCAACUUAUGUCUUCUCUGUUGAGGACUACAAAGGUAUUUCCAGGAUCAUACAGAUCAUACGACAAAAACUGUGCGAAGAGACUGUUUGUCCAGCAAAAAUGUCCAUAGAUUCUCGCGAUGAGAAGGGUUUUGAUAUUCUGUUACAUUUAAAUUUGGCUAAAAAAACAAAGAAGAUACAAGGGACGUAUUAUGGCACUAAGGCCUAUGAAGUGACAUCUCGUGUCGACUUGAGUGCAGCCACACGGACCCUUUUUCCUGAUGGCCUGCCUCCAUCAUAUGUUUUUGUGGCCACACUGAGGUAUAAAGGAUCAGUGGCAAUAGAGGAGUGGGACCUGUGGAGAAUACAGACGCGUGAAGGGAAACCGCAGAUGGCGGUCACUCUAAAUGGAGUGGAGGGCACCGUCAUGUUCACCACAACCAGUGAGGCAUCGAGUGGAACUCAAACGGUUCUAUUUUCCCAGUACACAGCAAGGAAGCUGUUUGAUGAGAGAUGGCACCAGCUGCGGCUGCUGGUCACCGAGGAGGAUGUUACUCUUUAUGUUGAUGACCUGGAGAUUGAAACCCGAUCCUUGGAGCCCCCUGUCGGUAUUUUCAUCAACGGAAAAACCCAAGUUGGAAAAUAUGUCAGAAAGGAAACUACAGUGCCAUUUGAAAUCCAGAAACUUCGCAUUUACUGCGACCCCGAGCAGAGUAACCGAGAGACUGCGUGUGAAAUACCUGGAGUUUGCUCCAACAGUCCUGAUUAUACCGAACCAACUCAAGAGCCCUGUGUUUGUCCUCCUGGAGACACUGGACUUCCAGGAAUAAAGGGAGAGCAAGGAAACACUGGCAAACCGGGUCAGUCUGGACCUGCUGGUGCUGAUGGUAAGCCUGGUAUCUCGGGCAUUAGAGGAAGUCCAGGGCUGCCUGGUCCACCAGGAGUGGAGGGUCCACGCGGGUCAGAUGGGUACAAAGGCGAGCAAGGGAAGCCCGGUGUUUUGGGUGAGAAAGGAGUGUCUGGAUUACCAGGAUCGCCUGGACAACCAGGAGAGAAGGGCUCAAUAGGAUCCAUCGGAAUAGCAGGGUUACCGGGGAAAGCUGGUCAAGUGGGAGAAAAGGGAAGUUUGGGACCUCCUGGGCCACCAGGUUAUCCAGGAGACCCAGGCCUAGAUGGGAGAGAUGGAAAAGUUGGCUCUGCAGGGAGACCGGGUCAAAAGGGAGAAGCUGGGGCCAGUGGUAUCCCUGGUGUUGAUGGAAGGGAGGGCCAUCCUGGUAUUCUUGGAUUGCCAGGAAUUUCAGGCCUGAAUGGACAAAAGGGGGAAGAUGGUUUGCCUGGAUCCAGAGGCUUCACAGGACCGAGUGGACCAUCUGGUGGAACGGGUUUACCUGGUGCACCUGGUUUAAAAGGAUCAAAUGGACCCAAGGGGAAUACGGGUGAAAGUGGAAGUCCAGGUACACAAGGAACAGCAGGGCCUGAGGGGAGUGCAGGAGAACCAGGAAGAGCAGGUCAGCAGGGGCACUCGGGCAUCCCCGGCCUGACGGGCAGCAAGGGACAAAGAGGAAAUCCAGGUGAAAGAGGAGAGAUGGGAAUGAAAGGGGGAAAAGGAGAGCAUGGUCGUCAAGGGGAACGCGGCUCCACUGGUCCAAUGGGACAGAAAGGAGAGAAAGGAACAGCAGGGGAUUCGGGGCAGAAAGGUCAAGAAGGUCAAGUGGGGAGGCCUGGACAGUCUGGUCAGUCAGGCACACCUGGGCCCCGAGGGCUGCAGGGGGACGGUGGUCUACCUGGCCCUCCUGGACCUGAAGGAAGAUCUGCAAAUCAAAUGUCGGACAGCCACAUUCGGCAAAUCUGCAGAGCGAUGCUUCAGUCUGAGCUGCAUUUAUUGUUGCUGAGCAACCAGCAGAGUAGAUGUACCACGUGUCAAAGCCGGCCUGGAUCUCCUGGUCCUCCAGGUCCAACUGGGCUCCAGGGACCCAGGGGUCCUUCAGGACUCGGUGGAUCCAGGGGACAGCCGGGCCGCUCUGGUCGGACAGGGCACCCUGGUAUUAAUGGGUUGAAAGGAGAACCCGGUUUAAUGGGUCAGAAGGGGAGCUCUGGCCGCACCACCAUUGGAGACCAGGGGCCAUCGGGGCCUCCAGGGCCAAUGGGUCCCCAGGGGUACAGUAAGCCAGGUCCUACAGGCCGGCCUGGAUUCCCUGGUCUGAAUGGAUUAGAGGGUAAAAGUGGUAAUCCUGGCAUCCCUGGUCAGCCUGGGGUGUGUGAUCCAUCCAUGUGCUACAGUAGCAUUAUGAGGCGGGAUCCUUAUAGCAAAGGGCCAAACUAUUGACGCAAUGCAGUGUCACUGCAGGCACCAGUCUAGAACUGAUGUGGAACAAACGGACAUUCUCAGGAAGAUCUCAUCUUUAUAGUUUCGUCAUGGAAACAAAGCGGACCUAUCACCAGUUAUGUGAUCUUAGAUACUCAACAGAACUAGAUCCUAUCACAUUGUCCUCUCUUGGUAUUUUGUAUCAAUAUCCACAUAUCUUUGAACAUGCUUUGAGGUUUUAAUGGUUUUAACAUAAAUAAUAAUAUACUCCAUUUAAUACCUCGGACCUGAGCACCUCGUAGUACUUCAUGAGUGUCUGGAUCUCUGGGCAGUGUGGCUGGUGCAUUUUCCCAUAUUGCCCCCUGGUGUUGCUUCAUUGCAUUUCGAUCUCUCAAUUUUCACCACAUCCUGGAUUAGUGCUAUA